AUGUCCGCCGAGAUGCCCGUCGUCCAGGGCGCCGUCGUGGCGCCGGGCCAGGUCCAGCCGGGCAUCGUCCAGGCGACGGUGCUCCAGCCCGUGGCCGUCGUCAUCCCCCAGGGCGCCGUCGUCGGCACCGUCGUCGCCGUCCAGGGCCCCGGCGGCCCGCAGAAUUUGGCGGUCCCCAUCGGCUACAAGCCGGGCAUGACGUGGAACGUCGCGUUCCCGCCGGCGGGCCACGGCCAGAGCCUCGGGCUCAACGGCAUGGCGCAGCUCCUCGGCGGCGCGGACCGCAUCGAGAUCAACCAGAAGGUGAACCGCCUCGAGGCCGCGUCGUGCGGGUGCUACGAGCAGAAGAACCGCUUCGAGGUGAAGAUCGGCGACAAGGACGGCCCCGUCGUCAUGACGGGCCAGGAGGAGUCCGAGUUCUGCGACCGCUGCUGCUGCAAGCCCCACCACAGCCUCCUCGUGCACCUGAGCCCGGCGUACGACGAGUCGAACGUGCUCGUGACGCUGGAGCGCAAGGGCUGCGAGUGCAACCGCUGCUGCUUCAGCACGAAGCCAGGCCUCGGCUGCUGCUCCUGCACCGAGGCGUGCACGGAGGAGAUCGUGCUCCACGAGGGCAAGGUCGAGGGCAAGCCCGGCGAGCUCGACACGGGCAAGGCCCUCGCCUACAUCCGCCAGCCCAUGCAGUGCUGCGCCGCCGGCGGCUGCACGCCGACGCUCGACAUCUCCGAGCCCGGCGACGGCUCCGUGCCGCACGCGCAGGUCACGGGCCCGACGUGCUUCGGCGGCUGCUCCGAGCUCUGCUGCGAGAACCACUUCGACUACACGACCGUGGGCGGCGCCGCGGCGUCGGGCACGAUCACGCACCUGCGCCCCCGCGGCUGCUGCGAGACGUGCAAGGCCGCGUGCACCGACUCGGACAACUACGGCGUCGAGUUCGGGCCGUCCGCGACGCCCGCGGACAAGGCGAACAUGAUCGCCGCGUCCAUCGUCGUCGACUACAUGUUCUUCGAGAUCGACCAGGGCAUGUGCCACUACGACGCGGGCAACCAGCAGAUCGUCAUCACCUGCUUCCUCUGCUUCUGCUACGGCUGCCUCAUCCCCUGCAACUGCUACAUCCCCACGAAGGCCGACGGCGCGCCGCCGGCCCCGGAGUCGGCCGCCGGCGCGCCGCCGGCGCCCGAGGGCGCCAUCCUGGACGCCCAGCCCGUCGCCGCGGAGCCGCCCAUGCGCGCCUAG